ACACCACAGGCCAUAAUAUGCGCGGGCUCAAAAAUAUUCCAAAAUGGCGGACGACGAAGAUGUUUUGAGGCUUGAAGAAAAGAUUGCCCAGAAAACACGGGAAUUAGAAAUUUUAAAAAAUGCCUUGAGAGAAAAAAAGCGUAAAGGCCUUGACCAAGAACGGUUGAAAGACUCUACAUACGUCAAAGAUAGUCUUCCAAAAAGCGAUAUUGCACGUUAUAGUAGGCAGCUUAUCUUACCAGAGAUAGGUGUGCAAGGUCAAAAAAAGCUAAAGAAUGCAUCUGUACUGAUAGUUGGUACCGGGGGACUUGGAUGUCCUGCUGCAUUGUAUCUUGCUGCAGCCGGAGUAGGUUGUAUUGGCUUGGUUGAUUAUGAUGAUGUUGAUCUUAGUAACCUGCAUCGACAAGUUCUUCAUUCAGAAGAAAGAGUCAACACUCCAAAGGUUUUGUCUGGGAAGCAAGCGUUGAAUAACCUUAACUCAAAAGCAACUGUAAAUACCUACGAUAUCCAGCUAGGCAGCUCAAAUGCACUGGAAAUUAUCUCUAAAUAUGAUGUUGUUGUUGAUGCUUCAGACAAUGUUGCAACAAGGUAUCUUCUUAAUGAUGCUUGUGUAAUUUGUAAGAAACCUCUUGUUUCUGGUAGUGCUUUGAGAUUUGAAGGACAGCUAACAGUUUACAACCAUGAAGAUGGACCAUGCUAUAGGUGUCUGUUCCCCAACCCUCCCCCUCCAGAGACAGUUGGUAACUGUUCAGAUAAUGGUGUGCUUGGUGCAGUGCCUGGAGUUAUAGGAACCCUACAAGCUAUUGAGGUGAUUAAAAUCAUUUGUGGACUAAAAUCAUCUUUUGCGCAGAAAAUGCUAGUAUUUGACGCUUUAGAGGGCAGGUUCCUUCAAGUCAAACUGAGAAACAAGAAGAUUUCUUGCUGUGUGUGUGGAGAGGAGCCGACUAUAAAUGAGUUGAUAGACUAUGAGGAGUUUUGUGGGGCAUCAGCCACUGACAAGACAAAGUCAUUAGACAUCAUUAAAAGUACAAGCAGAAUCACAGCAAAGGAAUAUAAAGACAUACUAAAGAGUGAUACUCCACAUAUUCUAUUAGAUGUAAGAGAACCAGUGGAACUGGAAAUCUGCUGCCUACCUAAUGCAUACAAUGUGCCUCUUCGUCAGCUGUCUGCAGAAGGCACUUUAGAUACGCUACACGAGAAGAUAUUGAGUGAUUCACAUGACCAGGAUCCUAUCCAAGUCUUUGUUGUAUGCAAACAAGGCAACGAUUCUCAGAAAGCUGUCAAAGUAUUACAGAAAAGCAUUGAGACUCAGACUCCUGAAGAAACAAGCCCUUCAACUAGUAUUACUAAAGAUUCCAAUACUCAACAUACAGGACAUAAAAAGGUGGAUUUAAAUCAAAAAAUAAAAGUUAAGGAUAUUAAAGGGGGACUUUUAGCCUGGGCCAAGCAGGUUGAUAAUGACUUCCCAGUGUACUGAGGCUGGCUGUAAUAAGUCUGUGACAUCAUACACUCAACAUCGAACAUCGUUCCAUACAUUUCUUUGUAUAUAAAUCCUUAAUUUAUUUAUUCCUAUGAAGCCCAUAGGGUGGCUAAUGUGCUUAUUUCACAUUACU